AUGGGUGCCAACUGGGACCCGGGGGACCAACAACCAUAUAAUGGCGAUGCCCUAGUGGGAGCCGCUGCCGCCAUUGCUGCCGUGCAAAUUCUCUUCGUUGCAGCGAGGUUCUUUACUCGGUUUAUGCAGCGGAUGAAUAUUGCUGUCGAGGACUAUCUGAUCCUACUUGCCCUGGCCGCAAGUUUGGGAAAAUCAGUGAUCUUUAUUGUCUUGGCCAGAAUCGGCGUAGUUGGGUACCACUUCAACUACGUUUCUCAGAUGCCUGAUAAAGUGAUUCUCACGAGAAAGUUCAUUUUUGCCCGUCAAGUCCUCGAUUACCCCUUCUGCAUCACCCCGGCCAAAAUGGCCUUUCUUUUAUUCUAUCUACGCAUUUUCAAAACCCGAAAGUUCCAGAUCCUCGUCUACAUAGUAGGAUCACUGGUUCUUGCAGUGGGAGCUAGCGUUCUUCUGGAGAGCUUCCUCCAAUGUCGACCAUUGGCUUACACAUGGGAUCGAAGCAUCCCCGGUGGAACAUGCAUUCGUCCAAUCGACGCUUAUCGAGUUAUUGCCCCAUUAAAUGUUAUCACUGGUAUAUUGAUCCUUGUGAUGCCCAUUCCGGCUGUGUGGAAUUUGCAUGCAUCCAGAAAACAGAAACUUGCCCUGACGGGAGUUUUUCUGUUGGGUGGACUAGGAAACGUGGCCAGCAUCUUGAAAGUGGCGAUAUACUUCGCCCAAUCAGAUUUCGCUAGCAAGGACCCGACGUGGUUCGCGUCCAAAUAUGCAUUUGGCCCCUUUUCACUCAAGUCAUGCCCCGGCGUUUUCACAUACCCUUCUCUCGGUCCACGCCUCGCAAAACUCAACACCGGUCCUGGUAUUUGA